AUUUUUCUGAAACUUAACUUCCUGGUAAAAAGUCGCCAAUGUACUGAGUCAAAAAAAAAAAAAAACAACAACAACGGGAAAAUUAAUAACGACGUUGACGUUUUCACCGGCUUUGGCCGCCGAAAGACUGAUUUCAGGCUCACGGUUGUCGAUUUCCAUGGCAACGGUAUCAUUACUGCGUGUGGCGGUGAUCGGCGCGGGAGCAGCCGGACUUUGCGCCGCCCGACACGUGCUCUCCAGACCGGAGCGGUUCGCCCCUCCGGUCGUCUUCGAGCUGGCCGCCAAUGUGGGUGGAACUUGGUGCUACCAGGAGCGGGUCGGACCAGAUGUGCGAUGCAGCAUGUACAAGAACCUCAAGACCAACCUCCCCAAAGAGGUGAUGAUGUUCCCGGACUUUCCCUUCGAUCAGCAGCUCAGCAGCUUCCUGACGCACCAGGAGGUGCAGCACUACCUUGAGGACUACUGUCGCCACUACAGAAUCGGCCCCCACAUCAGGUUCCAUAGCACAGUGGAGGAGGUGAGGCCCGUUGUCGUGACAACAGACGACGACAAGACGACGUCAACCACCUGGGAGGUGACAGUGCGCGACGGCUCAGGAUGCCGGACCACCGACACCUUCGACGCGGUCUUCGUGUGUUCCGGGCAUUACUCGGAGCCCAACAUCCCCGCGUUACCCGGCAUUGAGAACUUCAAAGGACAGGUUCUCCACAGUCACGCAUAUCGGAGCGCGGAACCCUUCUCGUCUCGCUCCGUGGUGGUCCUGGGAGCCAAAGCGUCCGGAAUAGACAUCUCCUUGGAAUUGGUCAAAGUGGGUGCGCAGGUGACGUUGUGUUACCGCGGUCACCCUUUGAGCGCCUGCCUUCCGCCCGAGAUCCGCCAGUCGAGUCCGCCUGUGGCGGUCGAGGACGACGGCCGAAUUCGCUUCCGGGACGGUUCGGUCCAUUCCGCCGACGUGCUGCUGUUCUGCACGGGGUACAAGUUCAGCUUCCCGUUCCUGGACGGCGAUCAGCUGGGCAUGGAGAUGGACGACCAGCUGGUGGCGCCGCUCUACCGCUUCAUGAUGCCGCCCACGUUCCCCUCGCUGUUUUUCGUUGGACUCUGCAAGCUUAUCUGCCCCUUCCCCAACUUCCAUUGCCAGGUCCUGUUCGCCCUGGCGGUGCUGUCCGGCUCGGUGUCGCUGCCGUCCCAAUCUCAGAUGGCAGCGGAAGUGCGGCUUGCGCGGCAGAAGAAGGAGGACGGCGGCGUGGCGCGGCGCCACCUGCUGGUGUUGGGCGGCGACCAGUGGGAUUACCUCGCCCUGCUGGCCAGCGAUGGCGGCUUCUCGCCGCCGCCUCCGGUGGUGCGCAGCCUGUACGAGGAUGUGUGGCGGCAGCGGCGGCUUCACCCCGACGACUACCGGAAGCGCAACUACCGGCUGCUUAGCGACACUCAGUGGCAGCUGCUGGACGGUGCGAGUUCACCGACGUGACGCCAAGUUGACUCAGUUCAGUGUUGUCAUGCGCAACUUGUUGUUGCGACGAUUGACUUGUUCUAAGGUAAUUGCACAUUUAUUUCCUUAUAUUCACUUUAAUUAUGUCAUAUUAUGGUUUUUAUGCAAUUUAGUGCUAUUUGUCUUAAUCAAUUUGGUUUGGUAGUGGUACCUCGAUUUACGAAAUUAAUCUGUUCCGGAAGAAGUUUGAUGAUGUGAAUAUUUCGAAAGUAGAAGCUGCAAAGCGUCGGCCUCACAGUUCUGAGGACCCGGGUUUGAUCCCGGCCCCACCCGUGUGGAGUUUGCAUGUUCUCCCCGUGUCUGCGUGGGUUUUCCCCGGGUGCUCCGGUUUCCUCCCACAUCCCAAAAACAUGCAAUAUUAAUUGGAGACUCUAAAUUACCACUAGGUGUGAUUGCGAGUGCGGCUGUUUGUCUCUCUGUGCCCUGCGAUUGGCUGGCAACCACUUCAGGGCGUACCAUGCCUCCUGCCCGUUGACAGCCGGGAUAGGCUCCAUCUGUCCCGUAACCCUUGUGAGGAUAAGCGGGUAAGAAAAUGGAUAGAUGGAUAAAAAAAAAUACUCAAGUAAAAUCAAGAUGCGUGAAAAAAACUUCUCAAGUCAACAAGUAUUUCUACUUGUUAACUUUGUACCACUGAUAUUCUUCUAUUAUAAACAACUAUCCAGCCAUUUUAUUAGCCGCUUAUCCUCACAAGGGUCACGGGAAUGCUGGACUCUACCCCAGGUGGGCAGGUGACAGCAUACACCCUGAACUGGUUGCCAGCCAAUCACAGGGCACAUCGAGACGGACAACAGGCGCACUCACAAUCACACCUACGGGCAAUUUAGAGUCUCCAAUUAAUGUUUUUGGAAGGUGGGAGGAAACCGGAGUUCCCGGCGAAAACCCACACUGGUGAGGCUGGGAUUUGAACCCCGGUCCUCAGAACUGUGAGGCCAACGUGCCGCCUAUAAAUAACUAAUGGACAUGAUUGUGUGUUUUGUAAUUGCUCGAGGAAAAGUUGUCACUGUCAAUGAACCGUUUGCAUUUCCCACAUUGUCCACAAGGUGGAGGUGUGCACCAAAGAGUAUUCUGCAUGCGUCUCAACCAUAAAAUAUGAUCCCAAAACA